AAACGGUCAAAUAAAAGACGUCAAUGGCAACAGCUCAUGACAAUCGUCGCCGCCCAGUUCGCAACGCGCUGCUUAAGUGGCAACUCCAGGAGGAUCAGAAACGCAUUGCGGCUACACAGAGGCGUCUGAUGCGCAUGGCAGCGCCGUCUCUUGGCCUUAAUAGCUACGACCGUAGAAGGCCUCGACCCGUGCAGCACGACCCAGAAGAGGACGCACUAAUGUCGCUUCUAAUGGAGCGCGAAGAGCGAGAAGCAGGCAAAACCAAUCACCACAUGGGACACUUACAGCCGUCCAAGCUAUUAUAUCCGUCAAAGUUGCCACCUUUGCGUCGUCCUGAGGGAGUUAAGCCAAAAGUCAAUAAUUCCAUCAAGAAAGUCACAUUACGCGCCACAGGACAGAAACUCAAUGCUGCCGGAGAUUUCUACUCUCCAGUGAGACCAAGCGAGUCUUCACUCAACAAUUCAAGCUCGGGAUUCCGCCAGAAUUUGGCAAUUUCGAGGAUAAAAGCGCCGACCCCGAAACGAUCGGUGGGGGCGACACCAGCGUCGUCACCGAAGACUUACGACCAGAUGAAGACGCCCGAUAGAUGGCGCACCACCGCGAUGCAGUCGAAUCAGGAAGAAGAAUUCAAUGCGUCGGCGUUGAAGCGAUGGGAGGAGGAAGACGCACUGCAAGCUGACAGGUUGUUGGAGAAGGCCGCGAAAGAUGGCGACAAUGAAGCGCUGUGGAACGAUUUCUUCUACGGUACUAAAGCUGCUCGUGCCAAGUCGAAUCAGUUGCCGCAACAACCUAUAGUGUACUCGACAAGUAGUUUCCCAGAGGUUUUUUCACGUAGUAGAUCGAAUUCCCACGGCAGCUCUUGCUACGAAGACGACCGACUUCACAAGACUGGCGACGGGAUGCUGCCUACGGGUGAUGAGAACCACGACGACUGCAAUGGAGGUGACGGAGAUGAAGUUGGUGAAAAGUCUAGAGGAGAUGUUGACGUACAGAGUGGAAGGUCUCGGGACGUGGAAAUCCCACGAUGGAGUGUGAUCAUGGUGGCUAGCUGCUUAGUAAUUGGGACGAGUGGGUUUUUCAUGGAAGACUUGAUGAGUGUGAUGGGAUUAUUUACGAGACGAACGUUAUUCACGCUUUCAAAAAGUGAACAAGAGCGUAUGCGCAAACGAGUGAGUGCUCUUCAACUGGAGCUACAAGGAUUUCAGUUAUCGACGUCGGAGAUCGAAAUGCAGUCCCAGACUGCGUUAACAGAGCUGUGUCGACAUAUGGGUAGGAUGAGACGAGAUCGCGAGAAGCAUCAAGACAUGCUCGCGAAUGAAAUGCUACAACUCCGUCGACAUGUUUUACAGGUGACACAUGAGCUGGUGGAGAAGGAACGGGAAUCGAUUCAAACGCAGCUGGAGGAAAUGGUGAAAGCUCAAGUGAUCAUCAAAGAGAAGGCGGACGAGGAAGUGGACGACACGGCGACUGAAGCGCUGCUUGAUGUUCAGUCGGCUGCCUCCAAGGACAAGUCUGAGCUCGAGUCUCGGUCGGAUCCUGGUCACAUCGAGCAUCAUCAGAAGGCUGACAAAGACCAAAUCAAGAAUCUAGAGCUCCCUGCCACUGAACUGAACCACAAGGAUGUCAUCGCUCCGAUUCUACAGAAGGAAAAGGUCAGCAAUUCAUCCGGAGAAACAUCAAACCUACUCAACAAUGCGCAAGAUCGUACCGACAAGAAGGAUUCGAUACCCCAACAGAAGUCGAAUGUCGCCCUGUCACAGUCACACAAUGUGGAGACCACAAUUGAGACUGUAUCGCAAGCUCACUCCGAGAAGGUAAAGGUCGAGCUUGACCAGGUCAUAGCGACCCCAGUACCAGUACUCGAGCGAGCUGACGUUUCCACCACGCCAGCAGCAAAUGUGAAAGUCGUGGCACAGUCGCGGCAGAACGCAAUGGGGAUGUCGUUGGACGAAAUUCUCCUGCUAGUGGGCCUCAUGUUUCUCGCAGCUUGUGUGGUACUUCGUGUCUACAACAUCAAUCGCCGUAAAAGGUGGUUCGAGGAGCGGCGCAAGAGGAGGAACCAGCGAGCAUUGCGACUUGCUCAGCUUAGAGCUCGCGCAAUGGCCGAAAGCCAAAACGACAGCGAUGAAUGGGACGACGAGGCGGAUGGCGUCGAGGAAAUUUCUCUCAUGACGCCAGUACGAGACGAGGACGAACAAGAGAAACCGGAGCUGGAGCCUCAGACAUCGGACAUUGAUACCGACGUGGAAGACAGCAACCAGACCGAACAAACGGCAAAUUCAACAGCAGAAAUGUACCGUGUGGCGACAACCGAGUUCCUUUCUGUUCAGGUAGCUAAGUCCGUCGGCCCCAGCAAACACUUCAAACGCCAGCAAGACAUACAUCCCGCAGUUAAAACUGUCGACCUGAACGCCUAG